AUGACGAAAGUUCCUCACGGGUUUGAUUUCAGUUUCCUAAAUGACGAAGAAGCCAGGAAGAUCCUGCACGUGCUGGAAAGAAAUGAGGAACUCCAAAGGACAGAGAAGGAGAGGAUCAGCAAACUUCAGAAGACAAAGAGAGAUAUCAGAUGGCUUCAAGGAGUGACUGGCGAAUGGUUUGAAGAAAUUCAAAGGAAAAAGUUUUGCAAUGAAACAGAUGUCAGCCAAAUGUUAAAACCACCACUGACUUACAGACUCCAGAGGGGGAUGGCAAAAAAUGAGCCUGUGGAUUUACAAACAUCAAGAGCUAAAAAUGUACCCAACCCCAAAGCCCCAGCAUCCUUUUCUUCUCGGCUGAACUUCAGAUCUUCCUUUGCUUCCCUGUUCUCAUUCAGAAAAUCUGGAAAGGAGUCCUUAAAGCUCCCAACCCUCCCGCAGAAAAGAUGCGAUGGCCUUGCAGGACCUUCUGUGUCUGUGAGGGAGAGUGCUGGGCAGACAAAAAUAAACAGCGCACCACUGGGAAAUCAACCAGUUGACAGUGCAUUUGUCACCAAGCCAGCAGGCAUGAGGGAAGGAGGUAGCAUGCCUCCGUGGGACGCUUCUCUGCUAGAGAAUGAAUUUCUCCUUGUUUUAGAUGACUUGGAUAGCAAGCUGGCUCAGGAACAAUCUUCAAGUUCAGUGAAUAUCAGAGCACCCUUCAACUAUGAAUCAAGAACACAGUUCAGUCGUUUUCACUCCAGCGGGAACAGACCUGGUAAUACUCCAGGAAGACACAAAAAUCGCUAUAAUGAGACUUCCAAUAUGUCUAUCUAUGACAUUCUAAGACCAGGAGCACCUAGGGAAGGUUUUAAGACCUUUGCUCCUAGAACAAGAACAAUUUAUGAUAUGUAUAGGACAAGAGAACCCAGAGUAGUAAAAGAAGAUUAUGGACAAAAGAAUACUUUUGGUAGUUCCUCUCUAUGUUUUGACAGCAGGCAACAAUCAGCCUCACCAGCCACAAGGCAUUUCACAGCAAGAAGCUUGCAUUUUCCAGCCACCACUCAGAGCAAGAGUGGGUUUAUAUCACAGAGCCACCGACAGAGCCCAAAGAGAACGCCUUUAUCAUCCAUUAUAUGGAAUAGAUCAGAUCCUCUGAGAGAUGGACAGAAUCAGAGAGAGUUCCCGAGAGCACCAUCCCCUAUGGAAAUUGACCCUGCUGAUCAGUACACAUACCCCAGCUGUUUUCAGGAGAAAAGGAGGUAUGAAUUUUACCGUUCACAGAGUGCUUAUCAAAGUGUUAAUAUCGGUGCUCCAAUGGAGAGUGCGAUGAGCCCCGACCCAUUUGAGAACACAGAAAAUAUGCCAUUCUACCAUCAAGACAACCCAUUUGCUAGAGCUUUCUUUAGCAAUACUUUUGGACAAAGCAGAGAACAGAUAUUUGAACAAAGUUCUUUUUGGGGCCAACGGGAAGAUCAUUCUUCCUUAUCUGACUUUUAUUCAAACAGGAACCCAUUCACUUCCUUUGACAGAGAUUUUGACAUGAUUUCCAUUGAUACAAACAGUGCGUCAGCUGCUCAUGGCCGUCAUGUCCCCUCUCAACACUGGGAAUCAUCUUCUCCUGCUUAUGAGCCAAAUGUUUACAGAGACCGAGAAGAACCAUGUCCUAGGCAGUUUGAUUUUCAGGCAUCCACACUGGAGGGCAUGGAGGUGUCACAAGGCAGUGGGACCCAGUUGCCUCCUUAUUUCAACACAGCAGGUGUUUGCCCUAUGGCUGAUUCAAGCUAUCGUAUCAAAUCUGAUGGGCUGGAAUGUCAGCAAGACACCUCUCCCAGAGACAGACUUUUGAAUAAAGAUGCUUAUGCUUUUGAAAUUUCUCAACCAUCUUCAUCCAAAACUUCCUUCCCCCAGACUCCAGAUGACAAAAAGAAUCCUCAGCAUUCCGAAUUUCAGACUCCCAGAGUCACUUUGCAGGAAGUGAUGCCCAAUGAACCUGCCUACUUCCCAGGUAGAAGCCAUUCAGAAGUCAAGGUGACCUACAGUGAUGGAAUAGAUUCUUCACAUCUUGCUGACAGCCAGUCCAGUGUCUUGGUCACAGAAGAGAAUAAUGAGAAGAGCUUGGAUGGCUCAACUUCAGAAAAGUGCAAACAGCUAAUCAAGGUGGACCAGACAAGCAUGGCAGGUGAAAUGCUACAACCUGUUUUACAGAUGAACGUCUCUAACCCCUUACCCGAGUUUCAAAAUCCCUUCUCCCAAGACUCAGCUGAGAACAACAGGUUUGUUUUUAAUGCACCUACCACAAUAAGUUCAAAGAGGUCACCCAGAGUCCUUCCCAGGAAAGAUAUCUCCAAAAUCUACAUUUCACCCAGAGAUAAAGCUAAUGAACUUAGGAAAGGAAAUAAUUUUUCUGGAGACAAAAACUUUGGUUCAGCAACCUCCCCUUCCUUUCUUCAGGACCACAGGACAUCAUCGUCUUAUCCUGCCUCACACCAAGGUGUGAACCAGGAAUCAGGCCUAAGUAAUGAAAACAUUACUGGCGUUAUCGACACUAACCAUCAGAGUGUUGAAUUUACUGAUAAUCAAAAUUCACAGACUCCAAGGAAGCCCAAUAGUCUAGAUCCCAAAGGAAAGCAAUGUGCCAUGACCCAGUCCAUCAGCUGGGACUCUGCUGCCAGCCACCAUGUCUCACGUGAUCGCUUAGAUCCACCAUCAGGUGCACUCCAAGACUCCACACCAUUGAAUAAGUCUUUCCUUGGUGCCCUGGUGAAUCCUCCUACAGUGUUCUCCAGGAGAAGUUCUUUAGGAAAUGCUCUGUCUCCGGAAGAAAGACGAGAAAAAAACAAUACUAUCAAGAACCAAAAGAAUUCAUUUACGGUAAGCCCCUUUGAAAGCCAAAAGGAAAAUGAUAGUUGUGUGUCUGUACGUGAUAAAGGGGUCAAUGCUGUCAGCUGCCACUCACACCAUCCUUUCAGGGACGGAAAGGGGAAAGGGAGAAUAAACCGUCGUAUAUCUUGUAUUGAAAACGUAAGCAAACUAGAAAGUCAGUCCACAGCCACAAAUAACAGUAACCUCAGUGAGGUGAACCGGGGCCGUUCCAAGACUCCGGAGCCUCACCCAGUUUAUUGUACCUUACCAAGAAAAUCACCUAGUUUUCUCCUUAGUAACUUGAAGUCCGAAAGUAAGGUCAUGGGCACUUCCUUUAGAAAUGGGCCACUUCCAUUCCAAAUCCGAAAUCAUCUAGAAGACCCCAUCAGGAAGUACACAUCCAACCAAUUCAGUCCCAGUUCUCCUGAGUCUGAAAACACAGGUUCUAAAGGCAUUUCAGACUCGACUCCAGUAGCACCAGCAGCCACAGAGAGGAUGGUAAAUACAAAAAUCACUGGAAUUGCUCCUGUUAGGAAAGGACCACCACCUUUCCUUGUCAAGAGGACUGUAUCUUGUCCUUCUGGGGAGUCACGUUCCCCAACUGUGAAUGAAGAACGAGAAAAAUGCUCUGUCUCAGAAGCAUAUGCUUCUGCUGUAACAGCAAAGUCUUGGGAGAGAAUCAUUCACACUCCAGAAAGUGACUCAUCUGUGAGGGAUUGUUCUUUAAAUGAAAGCAAUCGUCACAAAGAACACCCACAAGAAUCCACUGAAAAGGAAGAUAAAACUGCAACCCCCAGGGCAGGGACAUUUUCCCUGCCAAAUGAGGACCCCUUCCCCUUGUCUGGAAAGGAAGGAGGGGAAACAUUACAGAAGUAUAAAACCACUAGCCUGUUUUCUGUUUCUGGCGAUGAUGAUCAUGUGAAGUGUCUUGAGGUGGUUUCAAUAUAUUACACUCUACCAAGGAAAUACAGCAAAAAAUUCAGUGACCUUCUUCAGAAAUAUACACAAAAUACCGAUUCCCUCACCGAGUCCCUCAAAGCAGAAGUGGAAAUGUUUCCUAGUGCUUUGCAAAACAAGCCACUAAAUUUAAAUUGUUCUGCACAAGAGGAGCCAGGAACACUUUCAUCUGAAGAUCCAAAGAUGGCCGUGGAGGCUGCUCAGGAGAAAAGCACUUGUCUUUCCAACACCACUGAAGAAGUGACUGUUUUACACUUACCAAAUAGUGGGUCCUCGGGGUCUGUGUUACCAGAAAUGGUUUCUGGUCAGGCAAAUGCUUCUCUUCCCAGGGGAGCAUCUAAAGUGAGAGAGACUUUUCCAGAUAACUUUACAAAAGCCCCUCAAGGGGAUUCACAAAGCAGAAAAAAGAAAGGGAAAAAAUUGCCAAAGGAAGCCUUGCAUACCCCGUUAGUGCUUCAGACAGAAAAAAUGGCAGAAGACAAGUUAGAAAAUUGUCAGCCAUCCAUUAAAUCAGGUAAUUGUGGUCCCUCUGGUCUCGCAGCCCAUUCGGCGGAUAAUGCUGAAAAUUCUCAAACUCUUGAGAAGAAUAGUGAUGUAACUAUUGUACACAUUAGAAAUGAAGAACGUCCUCAGAAAGAGAGUGUCCCAGCCACAUCUAUAGAGGAUUGUGCUCCUGGGUCACAGGGUAUAGAAGUCAGAGGGAAAAUUGGAAUAGAUAGCCAAGAAAUGGUGAGUGAAGUCCUUUCUAACUCAGAAAAACAAGGCUUUAAUGUUACUCCAGCCUUGCAUGGGCUACAAGUUGAUGAGGAGAUAUAUCCAGGUGAAUUAGAUGAAGGGAGUUUACAAUCUGAACCCAAAGAAAUACCCCAUAGAAGUCAGAAGGGAACCAUGACAGACACCAAGAAGUUUCAAGAGGAACUACAGAGAUCAGCAUGGGAUCAGCCUUUGUUUUCUGGAGGAAUUAGUGAAAAUAAAGCCAGUUUGGAUGUCUUAGAAAAAGGGAAAAACAGAUCUUUGGGUAAAUACAGAUUGGCCGCUGUGUCCAGAGCAAGCAGAAAAUUCCCAGGUAAAGAUUUAAGCCCCAGAAGACAUGUAGCUACUAUCUUCACCUCAGGUGACAGCAGGUCUAGUAUUGGAACUCCCAGCACGCCAGAGAGCAAACCGCCACCUUCUGAGCCCACACUGACGUCUGAUGCACCCACAGAUGAUGGCACAAGGCUGAGUAAGGAUGGAGUGGAUGUGGAGAAAUUUGAACCCCAGGUUGCUGCAACAGCCAGAAGAGAACCACCUCCACACUUAAUUAAUCAGAACUCCAACACCAGCAUUGCACAGCCGCAUUGGAGUGAGUUUAUGAACAUCUCAGAGUCACCACCAAAUGAUGAUACCACUAGAGAUGUAUCAGAAGCUCAGACUCUGGAGCGAGAGCCAGGAACUCUGGCCCAGCCCAUAUUUAUCAACUUCAGGGAAGCAGGGUUGUCUGCCCAUCAGAGGAGAUUAAGCUCUCCUCGUCCACUGGAGCCCAUACUCAAGUCUCCUCCAGCCAGCAUUCCACUGGCCAGUUGUCAGCAGCAGCAAAGGAGUGCUUUCUCUCCAGAGCAGGAACCGGAGCCACAUCUCUAUCGCUCAAAGAGUCUAAGAAGCAUCAACAUGCAUGGUGAUAAGCUACGCAUAAGUCAUCCCCCCAAAGUCAGGGAGCGCCAUUGCUCAGAAAACACUUCUGUAGAUGACGCCCUGAGCCGACUGACCCUUGGGAGUGAAUUCUCUGUCAACAAUGGGUAUAGUCGAAGAUUCAGAUCUUUCUCUGAACUUCCUUCCUGUGAUGAAGGUGAAAGCUGGGCUUUGUAUGACAGGAUGAAAACAGGACCCAAAUCCGCAACAUCAAUCUCCAGACCUAUCGACUAUGGGAUUUUUGGGAAGGAGCAACAAUUGGCUUUCCUGGAGAAUGUAAAGAGGUCACUCACACAAGGAAGAUUAUGGAAACCAAGUUUCCUUAAAAACCCAGGCUUCCUGAAAAAUGAUAUAACUAACCCUUCCAACCCAUCAGAAUCAUCGAGCCCAAAUUCUCCUAGUUGUCAGAUGCCAGAAGAUGGCUUAUCUCCAAAUGAACCACUUAAUAUCUAUGAGGAUGACCCAGUGGGCUCAGACUGUGACACGGACACAACCACAGAUGAUGAAUACUACUUGGAUGAAAAUGACAAAGAGUCAGAACUCUGA